AUGGAUUCUGCCUCAGUCGAUGAUCGGAGAGAACACAUAAAUGGCAUGCACAAGAUUGACCAGGCGCCAGCCGAUCUCCACGCUGGACGCCGGCGUAUCCCUGACAGAUUCCCACCUGUCGCACUACUGAUCCUUGUUGUCGAGCUUGGCGAGCGGUUCACUUACUUUGGCCUCAGUGGUCCAUUGCAGAAUUAUAUUAAUAACCCCUAUGUUCCUGGCUCAGAUCUCCCCGGUGCGCUAGGCAAAGGGCAAGCAGUCGCAUCAGCCCUCGGAAACUUUUUCAAAUUCUGGGCUUACGCAUCUACCAUAAUUGGCGCGAUCGUUGCAGACCAAUAUGUCGGCAAAUUCAAAGCCAUCACAAUCUCUCUAGGAGUCUACAUCGUUGGCUUGACCAUCCUGGUCGCUACCGCAACACCAGUCAGUAUUCAGAGUAACACUGGCUUUGGCGGUUUGGUUGCUGCGAUGGUCAUAAUUGGCCUGGGAACCGGUGGAAUCAAGGCCAACGUGACCCCCAUGUGCGCCGAGCAAUACCAGAAUGCGGAACCAGUUCUGAAGACGCUGGACACAGGUGAGAUCGUGGUUGUUGACCCCGAAUUAACCAUACAGCGACUCUUCAUGUGGUUCUACUGGGUCGUCAACGUCGGUGCCCUCUCGCCCUUGGUCACAGUUAAUAUUGAGGCCAAGGCAUCUUUCUGGCUUGCAUAUUUGAUUCCAUUAAUCGCAAUAUGUCUCUCUGCUAUUGUUUUCCUAUCCGGCCAGAAGCGAUAUGUCAAGGUCCUUCCACAGGGGUCCGCCAUUAUAGAUGCGUGCAAAGUCCUGAACAUUGUUCGGCAGGAGAAACACUUCCAUGAUGCAAAGCCCUCAUCUCUUGAGGCUGCCGGUCGCUUGAGCAAGUACCCAUUUGCAUCUUCAUUACGCUACACAGAUCAAUACGUUUCAGACGUCCGUCGGGGGUUUAGAAGUUGCAGAAUGUUUGUCUUUCUUCCAUUCUACUUCAUUUGUUGGAUCCAGAUUUGGAACAAUCUUAUCUCACAGGCUGGUCAAAUGGCGCUGCAUGGAACACCCAACGACCUUCUACAAAACCUAGAUCCAAUCGCCUUGUGUAUUUUCAUUCCACUUCUUGACUUGGGCCUUUAUCCAUUCCUGCGCAAAUUCAAAAUCAACUUCAGCCCAGUCCGUCGGAUCUUUACCGGUUUCUUGCUUGUUUCAGCCUCCAUGGUCUACGCGAGCGUGUUACAACACUUCAUCUACAUAUCACCAACUAAAAGUAUACACGUGUGGAUUCAGGCUCCUGCGUAUAUAUUUGUCGCUAUCUCCGAAGCUUUUGUUAUCGUAACUGGCUUGGAACUUGCCUUCACACACGCUCCAAAAAAUCUGAGAUCUUUUAUCUCUGCCUUGUUUUGGCUCAUGAUCGGUAUUGCGGCAGCGAUUUGUAUUGGUCUCACUCCGGUAUCACAGGACCCUUAUCUUGUAUGGAUGUAUGGAUCCCUAGGGAUUGUGGGCUUCGUUGCUGGGUGUGUCUUUUAUAUAUCUUUCAGGAAAGGUGCAUCACUUGAUCCGGACACUCUAGAUAUUGUGCAAGGGGUCGAAGGAAAUAGGGAGGAGGUUUUACAGGUUGCCGACUGUGGUAAACAUAGUGGAGCAUAA